AUGGUUCAAUGGAAAACUGUUCGAUCUUUGUUUGCCAUCAGAGUAGUCCAUGAUUGCAUCCUUUUUGAGCGCAUAUAUGCUAUAAUAAAACUAUAUAUAUAUUUAAUAUACACAUGCAUAUUGUAUUUGUUUAAUAGCACAGGCCAACGAGUUCCAUUCACUGCGCGUGGGUGCGGCGAUGAGGAAGUUCAAUAUAUCCGGAUCCCUGUGAAGUUCAAGGAUGCAAAUGGCAAAAUUGUUGUGCAUGUUGACAGCUGGCCCAUCAUUGACGUGCAUUCUAUUAUGGCCUUUGCUUUCGAAGAAGCUGGGAUUGAGAUCCCUACAUCUUGUAUUCAUGAGUAUUGGCGUCGUUCUUGCGAGUAUGGGGAGCCCUUUGCGCAGGAUACGUCCAACCACCACCGAGUGCCAAUCGGCCUGUAUGGUGAUUCAGCCAAAGUGCGCACGACAUUUGGCUCUGAGAAUGUCAUAGCCCUGUUUGCAAACCUGGUGCUCUGGAGACCGAAGUCUGUUAGGUGGAGCCGAUUUCUUCUUUGCUGCAUUCCUGAGGAAAGAUGUACAAGCCAAACCCUUCCUACAAUCUUGAAAAGGAUUGUUUGGUCUGCAAACCAUGCAUGGCAUGGGAGAUGGCCAGGACAAGACCUACAUGGAAGAAACCUUGGAGGCAAGGCGGCCAGACUGGCUGGGAAACCUUUGACCAGUCAGUUUCACACCUUCCAAGUUGUGGAGCUGCGUGGAGACUGGGCGUGGCAUAAGAAGGUGAUGAAAUUUUGGCGGUGCAAUUGGAAUUCACUGGAAGACACAUGUCCUUUUUGCCCGGCCAAAAUCCAGAGUGAUGACUGGAAUGAUUUGUACUGGAAUCCUGACAGCACUUUGGAAGACUUCACCUUGGCCGGAUUUCUGGCAAAGAGAAUGCCACCUCGUGGAAUAAGCCCUCUAGUUGGCUUGAAGGGCUUCCACCCUUCCAUCAUUCGAUGGUGUCUGAUGCAUGCCCUGCAUCUUGGGCUGCUAUACACGGCAAAUGGUGGGACAAUGAAUCUCUUGGUCAAAUGUUGCUACUGGGCACCUGCAGAUGAGCCCACCCGAGUUCACUUGCACCGGGCCUACAUUGAUUUCAAGACCUGGUGCGUGAGGAAGCGGAUCAACUGCAGCCAGCCGGCCUUCAAAGAGAAUCUUUUGUACCUCAAGACUGGGGAUAUUCGAUUGCUGUGCAAAGCCUACAAUGGGCGUUGCGUAGCACAGUGGCUUGCUGAGACUGUGGCAGCUGCAGCUCAGGAUGCCCAGUUCCAAGCAGCUGAUGCCACGAACACCAUAGCUGUGGUGCAAAAGCAGCACCGCUUCCGUAAAGUGGGGGACUACCGCUGGCUGAUUCAGAGCGAUGCUCGCCUGGAUGGAUUCCUCAUUCGCAAUGACCAUCAUCCUCGCCGCGCGCUUGUAGGUGGAAUCCCCUUGAGAUUGGAGGGUGCCAAUAAAUCCGACGCCAACCAGCGCUGGGUGCUGUGCUUCCCGAACGACUCGCCGGGGAUCCAUAAGCCCUUCCUGAUCCGAAGUGUCCAAAGUGGCAUGUACUUGGUCGUGGAGGAGGCACACCAAUGCGUGAUCUUGCAGAAGGAUGCACCUCAACAGUUCUGGCAGAUUCACGAUGCCACGCGCCGGGCAGAUGCCUUCAUUCCGACAGAGCGGGCACAGCCAUCGCCUGUGGCGGAUGAGCCCGAGCCGGACGAGCUCCUGGCGCCCUACGACGGUGACGUGUGCGGCGCCUUCGGCGACGACCUGUCGACGCGGCGGAGCAGCCAACUGAGCGGAGGCUCACUGGGCGGGCCCUUGCCCAAGAACAUGUCCAUGAGCCAGGGAACCUUCACAUCAGUGGAGGUGCUUUUUGAUCAGAUGGUUCUGAGCACUGGGCUGGAGCUCUUACCUCCGGGUUCCGGUGCGAGUCCGCAACAAGUUCUAGGGCGGCUGUGGGGGAACAACAGCACCUUCUUGUACCGAUACCAGGCCCGAAGGAACGGUCGGGAUGUGCAAUGGUCGGGUCUCAACAUCAGUGAGGAGAUGCCAUGGUUGGCCACGGCACAGCUCACCUGCUCCGUACAUGUUCCUGUUCUGGGUUGGCGUCCCUACGAGGAGGUCCUGCGGAUCACCCUGUGCUACGAGCCCAUGGUGGGCGUGUCGAAUGGGGACCAGGGAGAAGUCUUGGCCGUUCAGCAGGUGGGACACACUGAUGGCGGACGAUUCGGAGUUUUCCGCAACGAGAACUUGUUGCUUUUCUAUCAGUCCGAAGGUGCCACGUUGCUGACGGCCUUCGCCUUAACGCCCAAAGGCGCCUUUUCGGGUAUGGCCGUUGAGGGCCAAAAGAAGGCCUUCGCGGACUUCCUGCACUCCUUCCAGGAUGAAGCCAAGACCUGGAGGCCGUCGACCAAGAUCAAGGGUCAGGCACCUCCAUCCACCUCCCUGGCCGACCCCCGGGGGGAGACCGAGACCUGUUGCACAGCGGCUGCCCGAAAAUUCCACCCUUGCGGUGUGCAAUGA